AUUCAGUUUUAAAAUAUUAAUAUUUCGAUACAAAGCGAUGGUGAUGCCGGAUAUGACAAAUUUUGUUAUUCCUGUUUUGGAAUUGGAGGAAAUUAUCAAUUGCCUGAGAGAGGGUGUGUUGGGUGAAAUUGCAAUGGACAUUCUGCCUGAACAUUUAAAGAACCCCACGCCUGCUGUCAUGAUGCAGCUCUGCCUAAGCAUGCUAAACAAAAUGGGAAUUGAAAUCAGCACCCUAUGCCAACCAAGAUUGAGUAGUUCGAUGGUGUUGAAGCAUCCUGACACAUAUACAAACACUUUCAAACUUAUACAUAUUUUCAUCAUUAUAAAGAAGACUGUUCCUCUUUUUGGUAACCAGUUAGCUCUAACGGAUUUAACUACACCACGAUGGAAGAAAGUGGAGAAAUUUGUUUCUGCUUGCAUUAAUUAUUUCAAGUCUUGGGAUGGUAAUAAUGAAGUAUGGGAGGAGAUAUAUUCGGCCAGUGCUGCAGCUGAAGAUGAAUACAGGGUACUUACAGAAGAAACGUCCUGUAAUGAAGAUAAAAUUUCGGAAUUGAAAUCGUAUAAUGAAGAACAUAGGCCAAAGAGACAAGAGUUAGGAGAAAAAAAUGCAAAACUUGAAUUAGAAGUUGAAGAAUGCCACAAACGCAAAGCAGAAAAAGAAUUAGUGAAAGAUUCACUGAAAAAACAAUAUUCAGAAGUAGCGACUUUUUACGACAAAAAAGCGAAAUACAUAGAUAAAUUGAAAGAAGAGAAAGAAGAUCUUCUCACAAAAGUUGUUUCAAGCCCAAAACGUCACAUGGAGAGAAAACAGGCUAUUUCACAGAAGGUUAAAAUAUCAGAAGAAAAACAGAUCGAGGCACAAGAGAGGUUACGAGAGGCUGAAAGAGUAAUAUCUGUAAUGGAAACGAUGGCACAAACUGUAGCUGAUGCUGUUCAGACAGCUAAAGAUAAUAAAAAUUUGAAGGAAAAUAAAAAGAAAAUUGAAUCAGAGAAGCAGGCCCAGUCAUAUGAAAUUGACAAUAACAAGUUAGCAGUAAUGGAAGAUACUCAGGAGUUUACCCAUUUGAAACAACAGUCUGCAACACUGCGUGAAAAAAUGUCUCGUAUGGCAUUGAGAGCUAAGCAGAGAAACAGUGAAUACACAAGCACUAUGACGAACCUAGCAAGAGAAAAAGAGACCUUGCGAUCACAAGCUGGUGAAAUACAUGAAGAAGUUAUUAAGGAAGAAGCUGAGAUCAGAUCGUUGCGCAAUAAGUUUAAGGAGGUUGCAUCAAAUCAUGAAAAAGUUGUGAAAGAUAUCUCGGAUAAAAAACAGGGGCUUAUAAGCGCGAUAGAUUCAUAUUCGAUGAGAGUGGCGAAACAGCUUGUCAAUUGCAAAGUGAAUCACAUCAUGAAGGAAAUGGAUAACUCCUGAUCGUGCCUUACACACACCUAACUUAUGGCAGCUCACUUUACUAGCUCACUUGCUAUUUUGGAAGUAUUAUAUAUUUUAUUUCUGGUUUUCCUCGAACAUUCAGUUUUAUUCAAUAUUUUCAUGCGUCCUGAUUGUUGGUAACGAAUAGUCUAUAAUUACAGUUGAGAAUUCAGUGUG